UGGGGUUGCCAGGGAGCGGCCGGCGGCUGACUUCCGUUUCCGGCCUCUGAGGCACGCGGAUUCGGUGUUGUAACCCAGCGGGAAAAUGCGGCCUUUGACUGAAGAAGAGACCCGCGUAAUGUUUGAGAAGAUAGCGAAAUACAUCGGGGAGAACCUUCAGCUGCUGGUCGACAGGCCCGACGGCACCUACUGUUUCAGGCUGCACAACGACCGGGUGUACUACGUGAGUGAGAAGAUUCUGAAGUUGGCCGCCAACAUCUCUGGGGACAAGCUGGUGUCGCUGGGGACCUGCUUCGGAAAAUUCACUAAGACUCACAAGUUCCGGUUGCACAUCACAGCUCUGGAUUACCUUGCACCCUAUGCCAAGUAUAAAGUGUGGAUAAAGCCUGGAGCAGAACAGUCCUUCCUUUAUGGGAACCAUGUGUUGAAAUCUGGACUGGGUCGAAUCACCGAAAAUACUUGUCAGUACCAGGGAGUGGUGGUGUACUCCAUGGCAGACGUCCCUUUGGGUUUUGGGGUGGCAGCAAAGUCUACACAAGACUGCAGGAAAGUAGACCCCAUGGCGAUUGUGGUAUUUCAUCAAGCAGACAUUGGGGAAUAUGUGCGGCAUGAAGAGACUUUGACUUAAAACGAAAUCAUCGCGAGGACUUAUGGCUGUGUGGAAGGGCCUAGCUUUGUUUCCUGUGUCUGUGUAGGCUCCAUCAUCAUGUUGAAUUUUGUCAACACUGUGACUUCUUCAGGGACUUCUUAGUUUAAUAUUCUUUCUAUUAUGGACGAAUGCAGGCUGGAUUCUUAUGCGGAAAUGGCUCAAAAACGGUGUUUCGGAUCUUUGUGACUAAAUAGAAUACUGUGUUUUAUAUUUGAAUCAGAGGGCUUCUUGUCUUGAGUAACAGGUUCUAAGUCAUUGGAACUGAGGACAAGAAUAGCUAGCUUAUUGUUGUCUGUGAUAACACUGUUUUCCAAACUCACGAUAAGAACACAAUAGAUUUUCUUCAUUAUUUAUUAAUACCAUGAAAGUCAGAUAUUGCCAUAUUAGAACGGUAGGUCAUGUAUGGGAUUUUACAAAUGAAAUUUGGAUAAAAUAAUAGCAAUUUAUUCUGCUAAUUUUCUAUAUAGUAGGUUCUGUGUGGUGUGCAAGAAAACCUUGGAUUCAAACCCCAGUUCUCACACCUACCAGCUAUAUGGCUUUAGAGGCGUCAUUAAACUUUGAUAAGCUUAUUUUCUCCUGCUUCAAAAAACAGCUUUAACCAUCUCCCUACGAAUGGUCUUAGAAUUAGAAAUCAUGUUUGUAAAGCACUUAGCACAGUGCCUGGCAAAUGUUAGGUUUAAAUAAAUGGUAAGAAUUAUUUUUAUAUUGCAUAUACUGGGUAUUUCUAUUACUAAGGAUAGGAUCUCAUGAGUAUAGUUUGAUUAUAUAUCUUGGUUCUUGUUCUCCUUUUUCUUAGAUGGUAUGAUCCCAGGCUAAUGUUUUUUUCAUCACCUUGAUUUCUUAAAACAUGAUUUCCCUUACAAACCUUUACUUACCUGACUGGACUAGACAGAAAGCACUAAUCAGAGACCACUGAAAUAAUUCAGCUCCUCUAACCUUGCCCAUGCCUGACAAAAUUAUUUUUGGAAUUACUGAAAUAUUUUUUAGAAAUGAAAAAAUUCCACUAAGUUUUUUAAAACUGCCUGUAUUAUAAAACAUUUCUUUAAAUAUAUUGCUUUUUUCUUUUUUUCCUGCUUACUUUAAAUUCCAAAG